AGAAUAGAAGGAAAAGAAGAGAAACAGAAAGAGGGUUUGCAAAGCAAACUCUCUUUUUUGGAUCUCUCAAAAUCAUAUCAAUUUUUUUUAAUAUCUAAUUAGUACAAUCUGACCCCUCAAAAAGAAAGAAAAAAUAGUUUAGAAAGUACCCUUUUCUUCUAAAUUCAGCAUUGCCUUCGUUAUAAUUUUCCAUAUACCUCAUUCCUCCUCUAUCAUUCUCGAAGAAUUUUCUCUACAUUUUCUUGAGUUAUUAAUCAUGAGUAGAUUUCGCGUAAAUUCGUCUCCUGAUUUAGUUGCUAAUUUACCAUCAGAACAAUUCUAUGAUGAUUCAGCUUUAGAAGGGGUUGCAGCCAACAUAAAGUUAUUGUUAAAGUUGACUCAAGAGCACAAAAAUGCUUGUAACAAAGAGAAGAACGAUGGCCGGAGAAUGUUGAGGGUGGCAACCAUGAUGGCCAUUCUUGAUAAUGUUAGGACAAGAAUUCAAAAAUGUCAAUCAUUUGGUAACAAGUCAUCAUCAGAAGCUGAAUUAAGUCGAUGUAAUACGGAUCUUAAGGUUACUAGUCAUGUUCCAAUAGAUAAGAAACACCAUGAGCCGAUGAUUGAUGAGAAAGAAAAACUACGGAAGCAGCUAAACGCGAGCUUGGUAGCACGAAAGAGCCUUGAGGCCAUGUGUUCAAGCUUAGGGAAAGAAAAAGAGAUUAUGGCAUCAGAGCUGUCGAAAAAGGUCCACGAGUUGAAUGAAAUGGAGGACCUCAUCAAUGAUCUAAAAGAACAAAAUGAGAGUUUAGUGGAAAGGUUACACGGAUGUGCCACCGAGCAAAAAGAAAGGAGGUAUAGUAGCAGUGGUGGAGGAGAAACGCAAGGAAACAUUGCCCUCCAAGAGAGAAAUAAGGCACUUUCAGAGCAACUACUAAAGUCGUUGGAUGGUUAUAGAUCCAUUAAGAGGAAAUGGAAGGAUGCACAAGCGGAAAACAUGGCGAUGCAUGCAACCAUGGAGGAAAUGACAGCAAAAGUUGGAGCUGGACUUGCCCGAAUCCACAGCUUUAAAGAACGAAUUGCCUCAGAAAGUGUGCCAUCGGCAGAUAUCCAAGAAGAAAUUGUUGAAUUAGAGCAUAUGUUUGAAUGCUUUGAAAUGCAAGUUGCAAAACAUGGUCAAAAGGAAGGGGAAUGUGUCAAACCAAAAGCAGAGAUUAGUGCUUGCAAGCCUAUAGUUCUUGCAUAGAAGAUAUGCUAACUUAGAAACAAGCCAAACACAAAGGAGAAAAGAUGGUCUUCAACUUAGUCAGGUUAUCUUUAACACGGCCCACAAUCAUGGUGUUCCACAAAUGUACUGAAAUGGAGAAAAGAUAGCACAUUCUUCUCUGCUAUGGAGUUAAUGUAAUGAGUCAAGUAUAUGGUAUGUAAUAGGAAAAUAACUGUGAUGUUGCUUUUUUCAUGUGUAAUUUACAGGUAACCUAUUAUGUCUUUCAGUUUUAUAUUAGUGCUAAUGACAUCAAUAAUCCGA